AUGGCGAGCGCCUCGUACCACAUUUCCAAUUUGCUGGAAAAAAUGACAUCCAGCGACAAGGACUUCAGGUUUAUGGCUACAAAUGAUUUGAUGACAGAACUGCAGAAAGAUUCCAUCAAGUUGGAUGAUGAUAGUGAAAGGAAAGUAGUGAAAAUGAUUUUGAAGUUACUGGAAGAUAAAAAUGGAGAGGUACAGAAUUUAGCUGUCAAAUGUCUUGGCCCCUUAGUGAGUAAAGUGAAAGAAUACCAAGUAGAGACAAUUGUAGAUACCCUCUGCACUAACAUGCUUUCUGAUAAAGAACAACUUCGAGAUAUUUCAAGUAUUGGCCUUAAAACAGUAAUUGGAGAACUUCCUCCAGCUUCCAGUGGCUCUGCAUUAGCUGCUAAUGUAUGUAAAAAGAUUACUGGACGUCUUACCAGUGCAAUAGCAAAGCAGGAAGAUGUCUCUGUUCAGCUAGAAGCUUUGGAUAUUAUGGCUGAUAUGUUGAGCAGGCAAGGAGGACUUCUUGUUAAUUUCCAUCCUUCAAUUCUGACCUGUCUGCUCCCCCAGUUGACCAGCCCUAGACUUGCAGUGAGGAAAAGAACCAUUAUUGCUCUUGGCCAUCUGGUUAUGAGCUGUGGAAAUAUAGUUUUUGUAGAUCUUAUUGAACAUCUGUUGUCAGAAUUGUCCAAAAAUGAUUCCAUGUCAACAACAAGGACCUACAUACAAUGUAUUGCCGCAAUUAGUAGGCAAGCUGGUCAUAGAAUAGGUGAAUACCUUGAGAAGAUAAUUCCUUUGGUGGUAAAAUUUUGUAAUGUAGAUGACGAUGAACUAAGAGAGUAUUGCAUUCAAGCCUUUGAGUCAUUUGUGAGAAGAUGUCCUAAGGAAGUAUAUCCUCAUGUUUCUACCAUUAUAAAUAUUUGUCUUAAAUAUCUUACCUAUGAUCCAAAUUAUAAUUAUGAUGAUGAAGAUGAAGAUGAAAAUGCCAUGGAUGCAGACGGUGGUGAUGAUGACGACCAAGGGAGUGACGACGAAUACAGUGAUGAUGACGACAUGAGCUGGAAAGUGAGACGUGCGGCCGCUAAGUGCUUGGAUGCUGUAGUUAGCACAAGGCAUGAAAUGCUUCCAGAAUUCUACAAGACUGUCUCUCCUGCACUGAUAUCGAGAUUUAAAGAGCGUGAAGAGAAUGUAAAGGCAGAUGUUUUUCAUGCAUACCUUUCUCUUUUGAAGCAAACUCGUCCUGUACAAAGUUGGCUGUGUGACCCUGAUGCUAUGGAGCAGGGAGAAACACCUCUGACAAUGCUUCAGAGUCAGGUUCCCAACAUUGUUAAAGCUCUGCACAAACAGAUGAAAGAAAAAAGUGUCAAGACCCGGCAGUGUUGUUUUAACAUGUUAACUGAACUGGUAAAUGUACUACCUGGAGCCCUAACGCAACACAUUCCUGUACUUGUACCAGGAAUCAUUUUCUCACUGAAUGAUAAAUCAAGUUCAUCAAAUUUGAAGAUUGAUGCUCUGUCGUGUCUGUAUGUAAUCCUCUGUAACCACUCUCCUCAAGUCUUCCAUCCUCACGUUCAGGCUUUGGUCCCUCCAGUGGUGGCUUGUGUCGGAGACCCAUUUUACAAGAUUACAUCUGAAGCACUUCUUGUUACCCAACAGCUUGUCAAAGUAAUUCGUCCUUUAGAUCAGCCUUCCUCGUUUGAUGCAACUCCUUAUAUCAAAGAUCUAUUUACCUGCACCAUUAAGAGGUUAAAAGCAGCCGACAUUGAUCAGGAAGUCAAGGAAAGGGCUAUUUCUUGUAUGGGGCAAAUUAUUUGCAACCUUGGAGACAAUUUGGGUUCUGAUUUGCCUAAUACGCUUCAGAUUUUCUUGGAGAGACUAAAGAAUGAAAUUACCCGGUUAACCACAGUGAAGGCGUUGACACUGAUUGCUGGGUCGCCUUUGAAGAUAGAUUUGAGGCCUGUCCUGGGAGAAGGGGUUCCUAUCCUUGCUUCAUUUCUCAGGAAAAACCAGAGAGCUUUGAAACUGGGUACCCUUUCUGCUCUAGAUAUUCUAAUUAAAAACUAUAGUGACAGCUUGACAGCUGCCAUGAUAGAUGCAGUUCUAGAUGAGCUCCCACCUCUUAUCAGCGAAAGCGAUAUGCAUGUUUCACAGAUGGCUAUCAGUUUUCUUACCACACUGGCGAAAGUGUAUCCCUCCUCCCUUUCAAAAAUAAGUGGAUCCAUUCUCAAUGAACUUAUUGGACUUGUGAGAUCACCUUUAUUGCAGGGGGGAGCUCUUAGCGCCAUGCUAGACUUUUUCCAAGCUCUGGUUGUCACUGGAACAAAUAAUCUAGGCUACAUGGAUUUGUUGCGCAUGCUGACUGGUCCAGUUUAUUCUCAGAGCACAGCUCUUACUCACAAGCAGUCUUACUAUUCUAUUGCCAAAUGUGUAGCUGCCCUUACUCGAGCAUGCCCUAAAGAAGGACCAGCCGUAGUAGGUCAAUUUAUUCAAGAUGUUAAGAACUCAAGGUCUACAGAUUCCAUUCGUCUCUUAGCUCUGCUUUCUCUUGGAGAAGUUGGGCAUCAUAUUGACUUAAGUGGACAGCUGGAACUAAAAUCUGUAAUAUUAGAAGCCUUUUCAUCUCCUAGUGAAGAAGUUAAAUCAGCCGCCUCCUAUGCACUAGGCAGCAUUAGCGUGGGCAACCUUCCUGAGUAUCUGCCAUUUGUCUUACAAGAAAUAACCAGUCAACCCAAAAGGCAGUAUCUUCUGCUUCAUUCCUUGAAGGAAAUUAUUAGCUCUGCAUCAGUGGUGGGCCUUAAACCAUAUGUUGAAAAUAUCUGGGCCUUAUUGCUAAAGCACUGUGAGUGUGCAGAAGAAGGAACCAGAAAUGUUGUUGCUGAAUGUCUAGGGAAACUCACUCUAAUUGAUCCAGAAACUCUCCUUCCACGGCUUAAGGGGUAUUUGAUAUCAGGCUCAUCGUAUGCCCGAAGCUCUGUGGUUACAGCUGUGAAGUUUACUAUUUCUGAUCAUCCGCAACCUAUUGAUCCAUUGUUAAAGAACUGCAUAGGUGAUUUCCUAAAAACACUGGAAGACCCAGAUUUGAAUGUAAGAAGAGUAGCCUUGGUCACAUUCAAUUCAGCAGCACAUAAUAAACCGUCAUUAAUAAGGGAUCUUCUAGAUACUGUUCUGCCACAUCUUUAUAAUGAAACAAAAGUUAGAAAGGAGCUUAUAAGAGAGGUAGAAAUGGGUCCAUUUAAGCAUACAGUUGAUGAUGGACUGGAUAUUAGAAAGGCAGCUUUUGAGUGUAUGUACACACUUUUAGACAGUUGUCUUGAUAGACUAGAUAUCUUUGAAUUUCUAAAUCAUGUUGAAGAUGGUUUGAAGGACCAUUAUGAUAUUAAGAUGCUCACAUUUUUAAUGUUGGUGAGACUCUCCACCCUUUGUCCAAGUGCAGUGCUACAGAGGUUGGACCGACUUGUUGAGCCAUUACGUGCCACAUGUACAACUAAGGUGAAAGCAAAUUCAGUAAAGCAGGAGUUUGAAAAGCAAGAUGAACUAAAGCGAUCUGCCAUGAGAGCAGUAGCAGCAUUGCUAACCAUUCCAGAAGCAGAGAAGAGUCCACUGAUGAGCGAAUUCCAGUCACAGAUCAGUUCUAACCCUGAGCUGGCGGCCAUCUUUGAAAGUAUCCAAAAAGAUUCAUCGUCUACUAACUUGGAAUCAAUGGACACUAGUUAG